CUAGCACUUCUAAAGACGUUUAUUUGAUGUGGAAACUAUAAUCUGUAAUCUGUACAGUAAAGGAUUUCCUCAUUUUCUUCUGGUCAGUUCAUCGUGAAGGACUCUAGUUGACCUUCUGUGGAGGCAAACGAGGUAAAGGCCAUAGAAGUCUCCUAAAACCCCUUGAACAAUGCAGGAACCGUCGGAAGUCGGCCCCAUGGAACAGAACUUACCUCCACAUGCAAUGGAAACAACUGCUCAAGAGCUUCCACCCAACUAUCAGGACUUCCAGUCCAUCUAUCCAACAUCAAUAUCUCCUGCACCUCCAGGCAAUCUAGAUCCUCCACCCUACCCAACAACAUCAUCGAUGCCAGGAGGCCAACCACCUGCUAUGUACAACACUGCUUAUCCAGCCUCCCAGGUCGUAACAGCUCAACCACCUGGUACCUACCCAGCCUACUAUUCAAGCGUUUCAGCCAACUUGACUCAACAGCAGCCGGUUUACACCCCACCUAUGGCCCCUCAGCCUCACUAUCCACCUACCAAUAUGCCUCCAUAUCCCAUAACUACAGCUCCUGGACCCCACCCUCAGUAUCAAUACCAACCACCGCCAUAUCCAACAGCUACAGAUUUUGGAUCUCAGCAGCAAUACCCUGUCUACCAGGCAACCAAUGCCCCCAUGGCUGCUGCCCAGCCUUCUGCAGUGAUGGCGUCCAGGCCAAAAGAUUAUCUUUGCUGGUCAAUCCUAAGUAUGAUCUUUUGUGUUUGCCCUCUUGGACUUGUUGCCGUAGUUUUCUCCAGAAAGACGAGCGACGCCGUGGCAAAGCAGGACUGGAUCUCAGCGAGAAGAUACUCCAUCACGGCGGUCUUGUUUAAUUUUUUGUCUCUGGUGUUCGGAGUCGUGUGUUCCAUUUUCAUCAUGGUAGUCACAAUUGGGUUAGCCAAUCGUCCUCAUUUUUAACCCCCCAAAAAAAACGGUGGCUUAAAAAUUCAGAGGACCCCAUCCCCCCCCCCCAAA